GCGGGCCUCGUUGAACGCUCUUAGACACCAAUCUCUUUUCCAUCAAGGCCAUCAGCCAGGGCAGUACAUAGCAUUAUUAAGCUCCAAGCUUUCCUCCGCCAGAUUCAGCCAGAUUCCCUUUCAAACCCCUCUCUCAUUAAUCAUUGUGCGGCCAAGUGGCAUAUUUCUGCCAAACUACGGCACAUCACACAGGCUCGCAAGGCUUGACUUGACGGCUAUUGCCAUUAUCAAUUGCUCGUUCAAGUCUGAUUUCCACAUCAAGCGCUAGUGAUUUCAAGUCGUUCACGAAACGCUGCCAACUGCCCACACAUACGACCAAGCCAUCCGACCAGACAAACCGGAGCGUGAAUGGUAAUAUAUUCACGCCGUGAUUUUAUUUGCCGCCACUCGGAACUCAGCAGCACAUUGGUCCCUAGGCAUAUCAUUGAGGAGAUAAUUGGAGAGCAGAGGCCUCGGGAUUCACUAGGUACCUGGAAGGUUGCCGCUCAACGUCGGUCAUUAUAACGGGACAAUCAUUUGCUCUGGUUUCAACACUUUCAUCCACUUGAGGAUAUCGAGUGCCAUCAUAUUCAAAGCUACAAAAAUUCACCACUAUCCCUACUUCAGCAACCCCUUAGCUUCUCCAGACACUAAUAUUACACAGACCCGCAUAUCAGCUAAUCGAAAACCAGAAAUAAACAAAUUUAUACCACGGCCCAAUGUCAAAUUGCCAAGAACCCAAGAGGCUAAUGAAGCGUCAAUCUAGCCAACCUGCCUCGAAUGCAACUGCUGCAAACCAAACCCUUUCUCAGGCGAAGGCGAGAGCAGAAGAUCAUCACAACGACAGCGUCUCUCGUAACAAUACUGAGCAGCACUUCGUACAAAGUGAGUCUAUCCAUCGAAAGAACCAAACGGAUAAAAGCGAUACUGAACAUUCACAGCCUGGUGAAUCCGCAAGAUACAAUUCAACCGUCGUGGAUCAUUCCAAGGACCAAAGCAGGGAGAACACCGCGUCCAAUCACGCCACCAAGGAGACCCCAGACACUGGCGGCAAACUUAACAGUACUGCUUCAAACUCAUCAUCAGCUUUGUCGCUGAACACAUCUAUUACUCCAGAUGCCGUUGCUUCAGCGUCCAGUCAAGCUUUUAAUGCAAGCCAAAGCAUCAGCAACAAUACAGCGGAGAACCCUUAUUCACCAAGUAUCACCUCUCCCUUGGCAGUUCAAAAUUCACCCACCCAGCUCGACUCGCCCAAUAAUUCCACGUCUCCGGUGAACUUGCAAUCUCCGACAUCUGGAUCACAACCUCAGGAUAGUCAUCACUCGAAGGGAAAGGUUUGGGGUAUCGCCAUUGGCACUUUAGCAGCAAUUGUGAUGGUUGCUACAGCAAUAUUCUUUAUAAAAAAGCGCCUCAAAGGAUCGACUGAUUUCGUCCGUCGCCAUCUCCGGUCACGUUCGAACGAUAGCAACCGGGCAGUUAGAGACAGGUCCUCACUUGAGCCCCAAUUUGGGGUCUCAGACCCAUUUGCUUGCUCAUCCACGUUCUCGAAAAAGCCUUUAGUUCUCCGUCCCGAGAGCCUAAGCCAUCUCCGGACCACAAACCCCCGUCGGCCCAGUGUACUGCAUCUGCGAAAUCAGAGCAUCAAAUCCCAAAUAUCGCCCCCAAUAAUCGAACCACCCUCUCCAGCGUCUUAUCGGCCUUUGUCCAGCGGCUCCCCAGCAAAAUACAAAUCGGGCAUCGGUAGCCAUCAAGCCUCCAGUCACGUUCGCUCUUCUUCGCCUUCCUGGUAUCAAAACCAAGGAUAUCCCCCAAUUGUUUCCAAGUACCAUCUAACAGGGGUCUCGCAGACUCGGGAUCCUUACACCCAAUCAAGCAGCGUACUUGCAGUGAAGAAUCCCGAUUUUGCCUCAGGGUGUUAUGAGGACACAGCCGAUUCUCCAAUUAGCACCACACACGUCCCGCCUCGGCCGCCGAGACCCGAGUGGCCCGUCUUGCCAUUCGAUUCGACGGGGAUCAAAAGCUUUUCGAAACCGGUCGAGGAGCCAGAACCUGCGCUCCCCGCUAUUCUCCCCCUGAAUGUUUCCCGUCGUCUUGGGCAUCGAAGUACAUACACCAGUCCGCGCGACCAGAGCAUUGAUCAAAUGAUUCUCGAGUCACCCGAAUCAUGCCAUGACUCGCCCACCUUGCCCCAGUACCGUCCCGAAGAAGAUAAGUCGGCCUAUCCAGUCGAUAGAGAGGCCGAUGCGACCCGUGCCAGUCAUCUUUCCCGAUCGACUUGUUACUCACAGUCCAGCGAGGCAGAGAUCUACCCUAUGGCCGGCCAGAACGUCGAAUCUGGUCUGCAAACUCCUAACUCGCUCAGAUAUGUAUCCUUCGGCCCAAGCUCAAACUCAACUCAACUAGAAAGACAGUUGGACUAUUUCACUGCACACAAGAACAGAAGUGAUAGGACUUUUUCAAGCCGAAGGAACUCUUAAAUUUAUCUACAUUGUUUCAGUGUCUUUUUUUAUUGUUUUCAUUAUUUUUAUUUCUAUUUUUAUUCUCUAUCGUUAUCUUAUUUCUCGACCAGUUUGGCUACCAAAAGAUCUUCUAGCGUAGAUUUACCUCUCAUAGCUUCAGACUUUCUUCACCAAUCUUUGCUCCCCUGUUCUUAUUGAGAAAAAUUCGAAAUUAAAGCACAGCACACCCAACAUAAUUGUUGCUCACUUCUUUUCGACUUGAACUUGCACCUAGCGAUCCACCCAUUCAUUUUCUAACUCCGGUUGAAUCCGUCCUUCAUUUCUAAAUUCAUCCCUUCAUUUUACAAUCAUUGCAUUUCUCUCUGUUUCUGUUGGUCCUUUUUUUUGGUGGCUGAAAAGCCUUGUUUCUUGGAUGUACUAGAUUUUAAGUAUAACUCAUCUCUUCCUUAUGUUGACUGAACCAGCAAUCUUUGUCUGAAUUGCAAAUAACCCCCAUAUGUUACUUUUUAAUACCCGCAUGGCUCUAUGAGGAGCACAUCUCCUAUUCUUCCAACUCCAUGUGUGUGUUUUUGGUAUGAUUUAUUUUUGAAAUCUUAGAGGUUUGAGCUUGUCAGUUCACAUAGAAACUGUAGUAUUAUGAUUUGAUAUUCUCCAAGACACCAUGAUCAUGGAGAAAAUAUAAU